UAUAUUUUAUUAGUUAGAUAGGCACUUCCCGAGAGUAAGUUGUCAAACAUCUUACACUGGAGCACGUAGCUGAAUUAAGGACAUGGUUCUCAUGACUGAAAGAAAACUUGUUGGUUGAUUUCUGUUUUAUCUUAAAUCAUAAAUGAUUCUUUAGAACAGUCGUUGAAACAUUAUCUUACUGUAAAAUUUAAUCUGUUCAUUCUGUAAAACAAAGCAAACUUAGGAGCUAUGUCAAAAGUGGAGGUAAAAUUCUCCGGUGCGUCCUCUGGUGAUAAACGGUUGUCGUUAAGCCCAGAAGAUUUUUCUGUUACAGACGUAGACGAGACUUUGUGCGGCCUCGGAACCUGUAAACCCCAUUGGCUUCAGCGUUUCGCUAGCCCCAAGGCCUAUCUACUUAUUUUUAGUUUCGUCAGUCUAACUCAAGGGGCUUACAUUACUUACUUCGCGGGCAUUCUGUCAACAAUCGAAAAACGUUUCACUUUUAAAAGUAAGAUCACCGGAAUUCUCCUGAUCGCCGAUAACAUCAGUCCAAUCAUCACAGGUGCACUAGUUGGAUUUUAUGGUGGUUCUGGACAUAGACCAAGAUGGUUAGCUGCCGGUAUGCUGCUAUCGUCUCUCAGCUGCUUUAUUUGCGCCUUGCCUUAUAUGUUGUUUGGCCCUGGAACUCAUCUUCAAUCAAGGACUUCUGAUUUUCUUGCCGAACCUCCAACACAGUUUUGUACAGUAAAGGGAUCCCAAGAAGUAUGCACCAUGUCACUAGUGUCCUCCACUAUUCCUGCUAUUGUUCUCUUAUUUGUAGGUAAUUUUCUGCAAGGUUUCGGAGCUAUUGCUUUUUACUCCGUGGGAACACCUUAUUUGGACGACAACGUCAAAAAGCAGGACUCACCUCUAUAUUUUGGUGCAUUGUUUGCUUUACGAUUGUUUGGCCCUGCCCUGGGAUUCCUUCUAUCUUCAGCAUGUUUAGGAGUUUACGAAAAUCCUGGGACUAACCCUGAUUUCGGACUGGAGGACCCACGAUGGAUUGGGGCUUGGUGGUUAGGAUUUGUAGUUUUAGGAUGUACGUCAGGUGUUUUGUCACUUCCGAUUUUACUAUUCCCUCGUCAUCUGAAGGAUAUAGAAGUUAAGCCUAACAGAAGAACAAAUGAUGGGCCAAAGAAAGUGUUCUUGAAAGAUUUACCAAAAGCACUACUGAGGCUGUUUAAAAAUCCUAUACUUGUGUGCCAUAGCCUGGCUGCUAAUAUGAUCAUGAUUGGGAUAUUAGGAUACAUGAUAACACUGCCUCGUUACCUGGAAAACCAAUUCCGGAAAUCUGCUUCCUCAGCCAGUUUCUACACAGGCACCCUCACUAUGUUUACUAUGGUUGUGGGUAACGCUGGUGGAGGUGCUGUAAUAAAGAAAGUGAAACCUCGUCCUCGUUAUCUUACUGGCUAUCUUGUAGCUGUUAGAAUCAUUACUUUGGGUGGACUGCUGGCUUCCAUGUUCUUGGGGUGCUCAUCCAUCUAUAUGCCAGGAACUACGGUUGAAAGUAACCGUCUUAACUUGGUCAACCAGUGUAAUCAAAACUGUAACUGUACUACGGAAGUAUUUGAACCCCUAUGCGGGCCCGAUGGUCGCGCCAUCUAUUUUUCACCAUGUCACGCCGGAUGCACUGGUAGCGAGGAUUUACGAGAGACUAAUUCGCUUUUAUUCCUUACCCCCUGGUAUACGGCAGUAUCACCGACUCGGCCUGCCUUGUAUGGGAAGAACGAUGUGGAGAAACAGGAAACUGCUGGAUUUACGAUCAUGAAAAAUUCCGCUAUUACCUGCAUGGCGCCACCUUCGUCUUCAUGGGACUCGGUACCGUCUUCGAGUUUAUUGUAUUCUUGUUGAGUAGCAGGCUACAGAACUUGUAUUCAGACGAAAAUUCGGCAGAAGAUGAGAAUGCAGUAGAAGAGGUUGAAAACAAGGCGGACGAGAAGGAGAUUUCCUUAAAUUCAGGAAAUCUAAGAGAAGAAUCUCCAAACCCUGACAGUU